UAAAUAAAUAAAAAUAAAUAAAUAAAAUAAUAGACCUAAUUAAACGACACCUUUAUUACCAGCAGAAUGAAAUGUCCAAUUACGUUUCAUUAAUGAAUGUGUUUGUUGCUAAUAUUUGUAUAGUAUUUACUUUAAACGGUUACAAAACAUAACUAAACAAAUACAGUUUGAACGCUUUCAAUUAUACGAUUCACGGUUACCGCCCAGUGAACUAUAAUAAAAUCAUAUUAUAGAUCCAUGUUACUCCCGUAUCACCACGAGAUGGCGCUGAAAGAUAAACAGCGGAAGUGACGUUUCUUCAAGCCUCUCACGGAAAUGACAGCCACCACAACAAACAAGAGUUUAGUUUGAAAUGUGAGCAUUUAUUGUACACCUUUUUCCACCAUUUAACAAUUUAUAUGGGUUUAUAAAGGUACGCCACAGGUAGACACUAACAGGAGACAGUUAGCAACGUUAUAAAGGCUACAUUAAGCUGCUUUAAUUCUGCUCCUAACGAAUCGCUCAGUUGGCUCUAGCUCGAUAAAAGUUAGUUCGAUAGGAGCUAUUAUUUGCGGUAAAUGGCCUGCACUUUGGAAAAGGUGCUGGGCGAUGCUCGGACGCUUCUGGAAAGGCUGAAAGAGCACGACACCGCGGCCGAAAGCCUGAUCGAGCAGUCGGGGGCCCUCAACCACACCGUGCAGAGCAUGAGAGAGGUGGGCAACGCUCCUCCUGAAAAGCAUAUAGAAGAUGCCUCAGUGAUUCAAGAGCUCAGCAAAUACAAGCCACAUGCACUUCUAACUCAGGAAAACACUCAAAUCAAGGAACUCCAGCAAGAAAACAAAGAACUAUGGCUGUCUCUAGAAGAACACCAGUAUGCUCUAGAACUCAUCAUGGGUCGGUAUCGCAAACAGAUGCUCCAGCUGAUGAUGGCAAAGAAGGAACUGGACACAAAGCCUGUGCUUUCAAUGCAUGAGGAUUAUGCUAAGGAGGUGCAGGGUCAAUUAGAGAGGAUAUGCGAGAUGGGCCAGGUGAUGAGGAAAGCGGUGCAAGUAGACGACCAGCAUUACUGCUCUGUUAGAGAGAGGUUGGCACAAUUAGAGAUUGAAAACAAGGAAUUACGUGACCUUCUGACCAUCAGCAAGGCAUCUGUAUGUGUACCAAAAGAAGAUUCUAAUGAACCAGCCCCAGCAACAAAAAUUAUACCCACUACUGUCACAACAACAACUAAAAUGGAAGAGACAAUCUUGACCCCAACCACUACAGUGCCACAGGAAGCAAAUUCAGAACCAGAAUCUAGUACAGAUCAGUGAAAAACACCACCAACAUUCACUAUCUAUAUUUGUAUUACUAUGCGCAUAUCUUUGUAGCAUCACAAAUCACCACAUUCUCACUGUAGUCUUUUUUCUAUUUGGCCAAAAUUGACUUUUUCUACCUCUAAUGUGAUCCAAUUUAGCAACGCAAAGCAUAAGCAAAUGUAAAUAGCCACAGCUGCCAUGGUUUACUGUACUAUCUUCUAGUCUUUCCAGUUAAUGUAGCUUAUACGCUCAGUGUCAAGACUGUUUUUAAACACAAUAUAGCUGAAGACUUGCAGUAGACAAUUUCUAUGUUUAUUGUCAGUUGUGAAUUUAUAUAUGCAUUGUUGGUGCAUUAUUUUUCCAUCUAUGCUUCCAGGUGCCAAUUUUUUUCUAAUAAUGUAUUUCUAAAUUAUGUAUACCACUUUACAGCACAGUUUGUUUAAAGUUUUAGAAAGUGUGUUUUGAAAAUCGCCUGUGUGGUCAAACGAUGUGCAUUGUCAUCUCAGGAAAUCAGUGUUACAGUGGUGUGUUCAAAAUUAAUAAAAAUAAAGUUGGUAUAAAAUGUU